CAAACAUCGAGCCUCUGCAGGGGCCAGAUUCUUGCCCAUCUCCAGUGCGCCCCGGGGCUCCGGGGAAGGGAGCCCCACACUCCAAGCUGCAGUCAGUGGAUGUGGACACGAGCCUUGCCCGCACUCUCGUCACCCAGCGCGCGCAGAGGCCGCGCCCGAGGCGGCCCGCUCCCUGCCGACCCUCCUCCUCGUGUCUGCUGCCUGCUCUCUCCGUGGCGGGCCCGUGCCUCCGUCCGCGCGCCCACGCGCUCCAGUGCAUCCGCGGCUCGGGCUGCACGUUCGCGCACGGGCAGGAGGAGCUGGCAACCAUCAUCGCGGUGAAGGAGGAGGAGGAGACGCGGAAGCAGCACCGGUUGGCAGUGUCUCGACCCUACGACAUGCGGCCAGGAGACUGGGAGUGUCCCGGGUGCGGGGACCUGCAGUUCGCGCGCAACGCGCACUGCCGCCGCUGCGGGGCCUCCAGGGAGCGCGAGCCGCGGCCCCCGAAGAAGCGAGACAAGGACUGAGCUCUGCAGAGGGCGGCAGCGCAGGGAGCGCUGGCGCGGGCGCGGGGCCGCCGCCGGCGCAGGGUCGGCCGGAGGUGCAGAGGAGG